UUGCGUGAGUGUAUGCGCUAUAAACACGUUGUAACGUAUGUGUUCUGACGUAUAUAAUCUAGGAGCAUGUAUGUACGGUCGCGACUCGACUGUCAAGGGAAACAAAAUAGACUAUAGCCACUAUAUAUAAAGUAGCGACAAAUAAAAGUGAGCCCCGGUAGUGACACUGUACAGUAUUCUAUAGGAUACGCUGAGGAAAGAGCGUUAACAAGGAUCCAGAAAAGAGCGCGUGUGCGCGGUUGCUGAUUGGGAUUGAUCCUGCAAGGCAGCUACGGAGCAGUCAGUGAAAUUUUAGCCACGUUAAGAACUCAAAGCUACGUAGUUUGGCUAAAAAGUAAGAAAGAGGCAUGUCGGUGCGUUACACGCACGCGGUGCUAUGCCGGAUUCCGCAGUCGUUACGCAGUCGGGGCGAUGUACAGCUGGACGAGGCUCGAAAGCAGCACCAGGCGCUGGCUCAGCAACUGCGCGAGCUCGGGAUCGAUGUCGUUGAGAUGCCACCGGAUGAAAGCUCGCCCCUCUGCGUCUUCGUCGAGGACACGGCUGUUGUCUGCAAUGGCAUUGCCCUUAUCGCUCGACCCAAUGAACCAUCCAGACUUCGAGAGAUUGAAAUAAUAAGAGCAGUUUUUAAAAAAGAAUUGGAUAUUCCAUUAAUUGAAAUGGCUGAUAAAAGUGCACGUUUAGAUGGUGGAGAUGUCUUAUUUACAGGAAGGGAAUUUUUUGUUGGGUUAUCACAAUUCACAAAUGAAGCUGGAGCAAGAGCAGUUGCUGCAGCUUUUCCAGAGUAUCCUUGUGCUCCUAUAAAGGUAGCUGAAUCUAAACGUCUCAAAGCUUUAGUGACAAUAGCCGGACCUGAUGUCAUUUGUGUUGGUGCUGGAAAAGAAUCACAAGAAGUGCUUAAAAGGAUUGAAAGAGAAGCGACCUAUACUUAUCAAACUUUGACUGUUCCCGAAGAUGAAGCAGCCAACGUUUUAUAUGUUAAUGGCACUCUUAUUCAUCGAGCAAAUGAUGAAAUACCUCAAUCAAGUAAAGUUUUUGAUGAAAAAGUCGAGUUUUCUACAAAAUCAUUAGCGAUUUCUGAACUUGCAAAAGUUAGCUCUGGAUUAACUUCUUGUUGUUUAUUAAUACGUCGACCACGACACAUAAGAAAUAUUUAAGCAUAAUAAGCUAAUAGCUCAGAUUUGACUACGAAUAUUGCUUUAGAUGAAUUCAAAAUUCAUCUUGCUAUUAAAAAAAAGAGAUUGAAUUCUAUUAUUGCUUAGAAUUGCCAAUAACUUGAUUUCCAGUCAUUUUAAUGAUUGGUAAAUCAUUAUUAUAAUAAGUAAAUUACUCAAACUCAUUAUUACACUGAAAUGUCAAUAAUAAUAUUGUUAUUAAAGUCUCAAUGAGUUAAUGACUUACAAAAGAAAUAUUGAUAGAGUUCUUACAACUUUAAUUAAAGUAUAUAUUGCAACCUUUUAGUUUUGAAAUUUUGAAGAUAUUUAUUUUUUUUUAAUUACUGUAAACAAAAAAGUAAUAAAUUGCAAAAUCAUUUAACAGAUGUAUCGACAAUAUUAACAAAACUGUA